AUGGGUGCCUGCCUGGCCCUGUGCUCCUUAGCCAGCUGUGCGUCAUGUCUGUGCGGCUCAGCACCAUGUCUUCUGUGUGGCUGCUGUCCCUCUUCCAACAACUCCACCAUCACACGAUUGGUCUUCUCUUUCUUUCUACUGCUGGGGACAUUUGUGUCCGUCAUCAUGAUCCUUCCUGGAAUGGAGACGGAGCUCCGUAAGAUCCCAGGAUUUUGCCAGGGAGGAACUUCUAUACCUGGGAUAGAAAACCAUGUGAACUGCGAUGUCAUUGUGGGCUACAAGUCUGUGUACCGAAUGUGUUUUGCAAUGACGUGCUUCUUCUUCUUGUUCUUCGCCAUCAUGAUUGGCGUCCGCAGCAGCAAAGACCCGCGUGCGUCUUUUCAGAAUGGGUUCUGGUUCUUUAAAUUUCUGAUCCUGAUUGGGAUUACAGUGGGAGCUUUUUUCAUCCCUGACGGAACAUUUCACACUGUGUGGUUUUACUUUGGCUUGGUGGGAUCCUUCAUCUUUAUUCUAAUCCAGCUUAUUCUCCUCAUCGACUUCGCCCAUUCCUGGAACAAGAUCUGGGUAGAAAAUGCUGAAAAUUCAGACAACAAGUGUUGGUUUGCAGGGCUGCUGUCUUUUACUAUCCUCCUCUAUUCGCUGGCCAUCACAGCUGUGGUGCUUUUCUACGUCUACUACACACAGCCGAACGACUGCGCGGAGCACAAAUUCUUUAUCAGCAUCAACCUCAUCUUCUGCAUCAUCAUCUCCGUUGUAUCAAUUUUGCCAAAGGUCCAGGAAGCCCAGCCACACUCCGGUCUGCUCCAGGCUUCACUCAUCUCCCUUUACACCAUGUAUGUCACAUGGUCUGCCAUGACCAACAACCCCAAUCGUACUUGUAACCCAAGCCUGUUGAGUUUGGUGUCGAACAUCUCGGCCUCUGAAAUCUCUGGUGAGAGCAGCCCGGCCCCGGUGCAGUGGUGGGACGCUCAGGGCAUCGUCGGCCUGAUCAUCUUCGUCUUCUGCACGCUCUACGCCAGCAUCCGUUCGUCCAGCAACACCCAGGUGAACAAGCUGAUGCAGACCGAGGAGGGCAGGGGGUCGGGUGGAGAGGGCGUGGUGGGAGAGGACGGCAUCCUCAGGGCCGUCGACAACGAGGAGGACGGCGUCACCUACAGCUACUCCUUCUUCCACUUCCACCUUUGCUUGGCCUCCCUGUACAUCAUGAUGACUCUCACCAACUGGUACCAACCCGACACCACCACCCAGGCCAUGCAGAGCAGCAUGCCGGCAGUGUGGGUGAAGAUGUGCUCCAGCUGGCUGGGCCUGGGACUCUACCUCUGGACCCUCGUCGCCCCCCUCAUCUUCCCUGACCGGGAUUUCAGCUGAGCGCGCCGCAACUCCUGAUUGUAUUUCGAUUGUUUUAUUCUGAACCGCGAAGGAUUAUGAAGGAUUUUGUGAUGAUUUUGUUCCCUUCGUUUUGUUUUGCUCUCUUCUGUCAGAUCAUGAAGUGUAAUAAGUAUCUCAAUUUUAAGCCAGUUUCAUUCUGCCGGGCUGCUUUAUGAUGGUUGUGCCAAAAGAAGUUAUUUUCGCUUCCAAUCACUCAGAAUUCAUAAGACAUGUCUCACUAUCCGUGGUGUGAAUGUAUGAUAAUAUAUAGUGCUGAUUAUCAGAUCCUGGACUGUCAGACUCAGUACCAAGGCACUCUGUUUAUACCUCAGACGUUUCACUUUCACAUUCACUUUAAAAGGCCUGGCAGACCAGAACCGGUCAAGUCUGGAAAACUCCUGACUGGCUGCAGCGGGGGGGGGGACUUUGAGGGGAGCCCUCCUCGGGAGGCCCAAAGUGAGGUGAAUGUGACAGCGAGAUAAGACUGAAACGGCACGCCCUGCAGAUCAGAGCAGGGCUUUUCCCGGUUGCUGCCAGCCUCGACGUAAAUCCACGUCAUUGCACCUCGAGCCAGAGACCCGUAAUAGAAGUUCUAAUCUCAGCUCUUCCUCCUGCACUCCACGCAAAAGUCAUUUAUCUCUGGUGCUAAGCUUUGCCAUGUCCGACUGCGUUUGGCCUUGGGACUGCUGCGAGCAACAGUCUUCACCUGUACGGCAGUCUGGCUGCAGCAGGGAGACGUUUAUCCAUCCGCUCCGGUCAGCAUCACGCAGCGAUGGCUUCAACGCCACACUACCUGGAAUUGUACAAACACUCAUUUCAAGACGGUUGCAUAAUCAGUUAUUGUGAUGCUAACUUUAAAGGGAUUUUUAAAUGUUUAAAAAAAAAAUGCCUGAUGCAUUUCAGAAACACUAUAUUGCUGGUAAAUGGUGAUGAUGUCUAGUGUGAGUUAAUGGUUGUAAUGGUGGUGCAGUAAUUAUGCAUUAUAUUGUAGUUACCUCAAUAUCCGUAUGACUGGAAAAGGUUUGGAUAAAAUCUGUAUAUUUUGUAUUU